AUGCCUCCUCCUCAUGUGCACCACGACAGGACAACUGAACAUAAUGAGGGUUCUCCUACCAAUCCUGUUAGGUUCCUGGGUCAGGACUAUCAGAAUCUGCUCCAGAAAUCUCUCAGAAGAAAUGAGCUGUACACAGAUGAGUUGUUCCCUCCAAACAGCAGCUCUAUUGGCACUCUAAAUAAAGAAGCUGAUCUGGACUAUACAAAUGUCAUAUGGAAGAGACCAGCAGAAUUAGUGUCACCUGGUAAACCUUUCUUCACUGUUGAUGGAAUGUCCAGGUUUGAUUACGAACAAGGGUCCAAAUUAGGAAACUGCUGGUUUUUGGCUUCAAUCGGGGCUUUAACCUCGAAAGAUAAGGAGACAUCAUUUAUGACAAAAUAUAUCAUAAACCAAGUCAUUCCAGCUGGUCAGACAUUCAGCAACAAUUAUGCAGGGAUAUUUCACUUCAGGUUCUGGCGGUUUGGGAAAUGGAUUGAUGUUGUCAUUGAUGAUCUGCUUCCAACAAACGAUGACAAGCUCAUUUUUGUGGGUUCAAAAACAUCUAAUGAGUUUUGGCCUGCCUUACUGGAGAAAGCGUAUGCAAAGGUGUGUGGAUCUUAUGCAGACCUAGAUGGCGGAUUCAUGUCGGAGGCCCUGAUGGACUUCACUGGUGGGGUGCACAUGGAGUUUGUGUUGAAUGAAGCUCCUGCUUAUCUGUGGGACAUUAUGGAUCGUGCAGCCAAGUCCCAAACCCUCAUGGGCUGUGCUUCUUAUCAUUGGGAAACACGUGAAGCUGUAUCAUCCAAUGGCAUAGUUGGGGGGGUCAUGCUUACACUGUGACAGGUGUUUCCAAGGUGAUGAGUGAAGGAAAUCCAGUUCAUCUGGUGAGAGUGUUAAACCCAUGGGGAAAUACAGAG